AUGGCACCUAGUCUGUUCUACGUUCAGACCCUCCCUUUGCUGUCUAGUCUGGUGCUCGCCGCAGACUACCCUGGGCUUCCAACAGAUUUGACGACUCCUGUGCAACAACGUAUCGCCUUCAAGGGUCCUAAUGCCAUCUCUGUCGCUUGGAACACCUAUGAACAGCUGACCGAAGCUUGCGUUCAAUAUGGCAAGUCUGCCAACAGCUUGACUUCUCAAACAUGCUCAACUCAAUCUGUGACUUAUGCCACCUCUCGCACUUGGGCAAACUCAGUUACGCUCUCUGGACUUGAUGCUGCUACCACUUACUACUACAAGAUCAACUCCACAAAUUCGACUGUCAAUCAGUUCAUGACUGCUCGUGCUGCUGGAGACAAAACUGCCUUCAACUUGGAUGUUGUUAUUGAUCUCGGUGUCUAUGGCGAAGAUGGCUACACCACUACUCGCAAACGUGACAUUCCCUACGUCCAACCAGCACUCAAUCACACCACUAUUGCAGCCCUCGCCCGCACAGUCGACGAUUACGACUUUGUUUUGCACCCCGGAGACUUUGCCUACGCAGACGACUGGUACCUGAAGCCCAAAAACCUUCUCGACGGCAAAGCCGCCUACGCCGCCAUCCUGGAGAACUUCUACGAGCAAUUAGCUCCCAUUGCAGCAACAAAACCCUACAUGGUAUCUCCUGGAAACCAUGAAGCUGAUUGUACGGAGGUGCCUUACACGAGUGGUCUGUGUCCUGAAGGCCAGAAGAACUUUACAGACUUUAAAGUUAGGUUCAAUGGACAGAUGCCUACGGCAUUUGCUUCUUCGUCCAGCAAUGCUACUGCAAAGGCUUCAGCAGUGAAGGCGCAAGCCCUCGCCAAUCCACCUUUUUGGUACUCGUUUGAGUAUGGAAUGGCUCAUAUCGUAAUGAUCGACACCGAAACCGACUUCCCAUCUGCACCAGACGGUCUGGAUGGUAGCGCUCACCUCGGUGCUGGUCCCUUCGGAGCCCCAAACCAACAACUCUCCUUCCUUGAUGCCGAUCUGGCAUCUGUCGACCGCACAGUCACUCCCUGGAUAAUCGUCGCAGGCCACCGACCUUGGUACUCCACCGGCGGCAGCUCCAAUAUCUGCAACCCCUGCCAAUCAGCCUUUGAACCUCUCUUCCACAAAUACGGCGUUGAUUUGGGAAUCUUCGGCCAUGUGCACAACAGCCAACGUUUCCUCCCUGUCUACAACAACACUGCCGAUCCUGCUGGCCUCAACAACCCUGUCGCACCAGCAUACAUCAUCGCAGGCGGUGCUGGCAAUAUCGAAGGGCUGAGUGCUGUAGGUGCGAACUACUCGACCAAUGUGUUUGGAUAUGGGGAUGAGUUUAGCUAUGCUACGCUCAAGUUCAAGGAUGCGAAGAAUUUGCAGAUUGACUUUUUGAGGAGCGAUACCGGUGAGGUUUUGGAUUCGAGUGUUUUGUACAAGGAGCAUGAUGUUGCAUUUGUUAGGAACUGA